UUGUUGUACCGCUGCUGCUGCUGCUCCGAGUCCCAGUCCCAGUCCCAGGCCCAGACCCAGCCAGACCCACAGAACCGCCACAGAACCGCCGCAGAACCGCAACCACAGAGCAGAACACUGAAACCACAGCCAGAGCCCAUGAGCCGGAGUCGGUCUUCCUUCCAACAAUAAUUGUUCUAUCAAAUGCCGCGUGGGCAGCAACCAAAUGGAAAACUAAACUUAAAGUUCCUACCAAAAAAAUAAAUAAUAAUAAAUACACUUUUUCGCGCCACUUUUGAGCCACGCCCGUUUUGGCACCGCCCCCGCAAGUUCUGAUAAAAGCCCAGUGAACAGACGGACAGCAGUGCAAGUGAUAAUAAUUUUUCAAAAAAAGAAAAACAACAGAAAUCAAGUGAUAAAAGCGAAACUUAGAUAAAAAACAUUGGAACGCUUCAACACUCCGCCAAAGAGUGAGAGGGAAAGCAGCAGGAGAAGGAGGAAGGACACGCACUUUGAUGGUCUGCAAAAUUAUCUCAUCGAGUGUCAAGAUGCAGCUGAAGAUGGAAACGCAGACAACACAGCAGCAACAGCAGCAGCAGCAACAAUUGCAACAGCAACAGCACAAACAACAGCAAGUCCUGACCAAGCAGCAGAUCCAAUUGCUGGACAAGAUCAAGCUAGAGGCAAGCAAUGGAGCCGAGCAGCUGAGCCAGCAGACAGCCAGCGCCCUGGAGGAGCAACAGGAGCAGCAAUCCCAGCAGCAGCAACAGCAGCAGCAGCAGCAACCUGCCACAGCCGUGGGUGUUGUGGUGCAGUCGAGUCAGGGAGGAGGAGGAGUCAGCAGUGAUCCGGAGGAGCAGUACGUGGUGGUGCCACGCAUACAGCAGCGACGCAUCCUCACCACAGCGGGAACAUUAGAACUAAACGAAGCUCGGGAGGGAGAGCCCAGCAGUGGGAGCUCUGGUUCCGCCUCCGAGGGCCACAUCGAGUACCAGCGCAGCUCCCAUCACUCCCCGGCAGCUGCACACGCGACCCACUACGUCCAGAUGGCGCCGCGCAAUGCAGAGGUGCCAGAGGUGCCGCCAGGUGCGCCACCGGGCACCCUCUACGCCUAUUCCUCGGGCCAGAUCAUCUGCAGCAGCGAGGAUGUGGCGGCCAUCAAGAUAGAGACCAUCGAGAAGGGUGAAGUGCCAGUGGAAGCGCAGCAGCAAUCCCAGCAGCAGCAACAACAGCAGCAACAAUUGCAGCAUCAGCAGCAGCAGCAGCAACAGCAGCAGCAGUGCCCCACACCCAAUGGCGCCACCUAUGCGGAGACGAUUGUCAUCAGUCGUGAGGCAGAGGCACUGCAGCAUCACCACCAGCAACAUCAGCAGCAGCAGCAGCAGCAGCAGCAACAGCAGCAGCAGCAGCAACAUCCAACGUCAGCGGUGCACAUCGCCAGUAGCUCCCAUGGCGGCACCGUGCGAUUCGUGUCCGAGGAUGGACGCUUCAGCAGCGCCGUUCCGGAAGCGGCUGGCUCCACUCUGUACUACGAUGUGCCCGUGGUGGAUGCCAGUGUCCAUGCCAACGAGUCCAAGACAUAUGCGGAUCUGGGCAACGCCUACGCAUUCCCUUCGAGCGCCAGCUUCACGAGCAACAGCUACGCAGCCACGCUGCAGCAGACGAACACGAUCUACACGAUGCCCGGCGGGCAGUUCCUGACCAAGUCCGAGGCGGGACUGAAUUCCCUACGUCAGACGGGACCAACGACCUUUCUGAAUCCCUUUCCCGAUGGCAGCCAAGCCAUCGAUCUGUGGACAUCGCCCGCACCGCCAGAGUAUCAGAAUGCACCAUUUACCAACUUCCAUCCACAGGUGAUGGAUGAGUAUGCCUCGAGUAAUAUGACCACCACCCAUUGGUCACCCGCCGGCAGCAUUGGGCAGUACGAUGCCAGCCUGGUCACAGCCUCCGCCACAUCCUCCCCGAAUCACGAUCUUAAGUGCGAGAACUGCCACUCGCCGUUCGUGCGCAAGGGCUCGGAUUUCUUCUGCCCCAACUGCACGGGUUUCAUGCGCAUGGCGCCGCGCAUGCCCCAGCGACAGGCGAAGCCGAAGACCGCCGCUGCACCCAACAAUCGUCGCAAUGGCGUCACCUGCGCCAACUGCCAGACCAACUCCACGACGCUGUGGCGGCGCAACAAUGAGGGGAAUCCCGUGUGCAAUGCCUGCGGACUGUACUUUAAGCUGCACAACAUGAACCGUCCGCUGUCCAUGAAGAAGGAGGGCAUCCAGAAGCGGAAGCGCAAGCCAAAGAACAAUGGAGGAGCGCCCAUGCACCGUGGGGCACCGCUGCCAAGCAUGUCCCAAGGUGUCAAUCUGAUGGUGAACAGCAGCACUCCGCUGUACCCUUCACAGGUGCCCGUGAAUAUGCUGAAUAGCCAGCAGAAUGCCAGUCCCGAGCUGCACGACAUGUCCACGACAGGACCUGCGGGCGGUGGCGGCUCCCGUGUGGUGGCCAUCCAGGUGAAUGCCUCGGGUGCACCGCCCAGCUCCGAUGGCACGCUGAACAUGUCCGCGCGCCACCAUGUCACGGGUGAGAGCCACUCGCCGUACAGCCAACAGACGACGCCCUCGCAGAGUCAGUCGCCGCAUUUGCCCAGCCCCGUCAGCCUGAAUCGCCAGAUAGUACAGCCAGUUCCUGCCAUUGAGAGCGGUCGCAGUUCGAACAACAACAGCGAACUCCCGCCGAGCGUCAUAACGCGCACUGGACUGCCGGAGCGAUCAUCGAAUAACUAACUAACUUUAAUACCAACUAAAAGUGGUGUCACAUUCCCAACCAAAAUGUCAAGAUUGCCAAAAUAUUUAUUUAAGUCUUAGCUCUUAGAUUUAUGCUAUUUCUAUUUGUAUUUGUAUUUCUAUUGUAUUUAGUAUCCCAUGUCCCAGUUAGCAGGCAAGACAAGUCGGAAGUCGAAAGACGAAAGACGAAAGGAAAUACUUGAAAGCCAAUCAAUCAUUCCGUUUAGUCAAUCAUUUGAAAUGAUUUGUGGAGAGCGAGCAGUCUAGCAGUAAUUUAGCAAAUGAAAAACAAAGAGAAAAAACAAGAGACAAAGAGCUCAAGAAGACCAUAAAGAAGCCUACGAUUUUGUAUGUUUAAGCACACGUUUUUUUAUUCAACAAAAUAUAAAUAAAUAAGUUGUAAACGCA